AAAGACAAAUAUGUCUGAUUCGUCUCCUUUGUUGUGCUAAAGUAAAGAGACGUAUCGUGCCAUUACUGUGAUAUAUAUUUUUUUUUUUUUUUUAAUAUAAAAAUCAAGCACAUUUUGUUUGUCUGUAUUGAUCAGCCGUAAGAAUGAGUGGCGGAGUAUAUGGAGGAGACGAAGUUGGAGCUCUUGUCUUUGACAUGGGCUCAUACUCCGUGAGAGCUGGGUAUGCUGGAGAGGAUUGCCCAAAGGCUGAUUUUCCCACUGUGAUCGGUGUGACUCUGGACCGGGAGGAUGGCAGUACGCCAAUGGAGACAGAUGGAGAAAAGGGCAAGCAGAGUGGCACCACCUACUACAUCGACACCAGCCAGCUCAGGGUCCCCCAAGAAAACAUGGAAAUUAUGUCAACUCUCAAAAAUGGGAUGAUUGAGGACUGGGACAGCUUCCAAGCCAUUUUAGAUCACACUUACAAAAUGCAUUUCAAAUCAGAGCCCAGUCUGCAUCCGGUCUUGAUGUCAGAGGCCUCGGGUCUGUCAGGGAACACUAUGCUGGGAGUUGGCCAUGUUGUGACCACCAGUGUUGGCAUGUGUGACAUUGACAUCCGACCAGGUCUGUAUGGCAGUGUGGUAGUUAAAGGUGGAACUCUCACCCAGGGCUUCAUAGACAGACUUAACAGAGAACUUUCUCAGAAGACACCAUCGAGUAUGCGUUUGAAGUUGAUAGCCAAUAACACAACUGUGGAGUGCAGAUUUAGUGCUUGGAUCGGUGGCUCCAUCCUUGCGUCACUGGGAACUUUCCAGCAUAUGUGGAUUUCAAAACAGGAGUAUGAAGAAGGUGGGAAACAGUGUGUUGACAGGAAGUGCCCUUAACCAGCUCCUUCAACAUCUGCUUCCCUUCAGAAUUUAGAGAAAGUCGAGAAAACCUUCUUAGUGGACUCAGGAACUAACAAGGACACUUGCUGUUUUUUUGUUUUUGUGCAAACCAUAUUUUAAACUGUUUCACAUGGUUGCACUUUUUCUACUCUUCCAGACAAUAUUUUCAUAUACAAUUAGGCAACACAAACCUUUGACCUCCUGAAUAGUUUUAAAUAAGUCACAAGUUGUAAUGUCUCUUGUUAUAUGGAAAUGGUUACAAUGCUUCAAAUUGUAUCAGUGCUUAAGACAGUUGAAUUUGUUAUUUUUAAUUGACACCAGUAUACCACUUCCUCAAAAAUACACCACAGGAAACCAAAUGUUUGUAAUGCUUUUAACAAUUGAUCAGCGCUUUAGGGAAUAAAUUGUUUUUGCUAAGCUGGUCUAAAUGUAUGCUAUCUGUCUUGGAGAAAUUAGUGCGAUGAUCUCUUUGUUUGGAUUCAAACCUUUAAUCUUUACAUUUCAACUCG